AUGGCGCCGUUCACAAUAUUCCUCGCUGCGUCUAUUGCGAUUACCUUCUUUUGCAAGCUUUACAAUGAAACCUAUCUGCCAAGUCGGAAUCUCGUUAUGACCGCCUUUGAGAUUUUCGCUGUUGAGACCGCCGCAUGGCUCGUGUGGCGGUGCCUUCUGUAUCCCAACCUGUUCAGCCCUCUUCGUGCACUGCCGGGGCCUCCGGGCGGUUCCUUCUUGAUGGGCCAAUCUUCAAGGCUAAGACGAGAGCCAAACGGCCAGGCUGAGCUGUACCGUGUCUGGUCCGAACAGGUCCCAAAUGAUGGUGUCAUCAGAUACCUCGAUAUGUUCAACUCAGAAAUUCUCAUUCCAGUCAGUCCAAAAGCACUGGCUGAAGUACUUGUCCAAAGGCCUUAUGAAUUCAUCAAGCCGCCUGGGCUUGUGACGGGCCUGGGAAGGAUCCUGGGCGUGGGAGUAUUUCUUGCAGAAGGGGAAGAACAUAAGAGACAACGAAAAGACCUCAUGCCAGCUUUCGCGUUCAGGCAUAUCAAGGAACUUUAUCCCAUCUUCUGGAGCAAAUCGAGCGAGCUCAUCCAAGCCCUGAUUUUGCACAGUGAGACCGGCUGCCGUGAUAACGAUGAGCCGAAUGUAACUAUCGACGUCAAGGACUGGGCUAGUAGAGCCACACUCGACAUCAUUGGCCUUGCAGGUCUAGGAAGAGACUUCGACUCCAUCAAAGACCCAGAUAACGAGCUCAUUCGCACAUACAAAUCGAUUUUCUCGCCAGGUCGGGGUGGCCAAAUUAUGGCUGCUCUCUUCUUUAUCGCCCCGUGGUUGGUGAGGGUCUUGCCUAUCAAACGUAACAGCGACUUCGAAGCGGCGUCGCAAGUCAUCAAAAAGACAUGCUUCUCUCUCGUGCAGCAAGAGAAAUUGAACUUGGCCAGCAAGAAUGAAGGUGCUGCUAGAAACAUUCUUUCGGUAGCAAUCGAAUCCGGCGGAUUCACGGACGAGGGUCUCGUCAACCAAUUGAUGACCUUUCUCAUCGCUGGCCAUGAAACCACUGCCUCUGCGCUAUCUUUUGCGAUAUGCAUGCUGUGUAAGUAUCCCGAGAUUCAAACCCGGCUGCGCAACGAAGUGCGCUCCUUACUACCAGACCCACGAUCUCCAACAUCCUCCAUCACCUCAAACGACUUAGACAGCCUGCCCUACCUCAACGCAGUCUGCAACGAAGUCCUCCGCCUCUACUCGCCCGUUCCAAUCACCGUUCGGGUAGCGGUACAAGAUACCACACUGGUUGGUCAUUUCAUACCCAAAGGCACCACGAUAUUCAUCUCCCCAUGGGCAACAAACGCCAACAAGGAUUUUUGGGGCGAGGACGCAGGCAAUUUCAACCCGGAUCGCUGGUUAGGCGAGGGGAAAGCGAAUACAGGAGGUAUCGAGAGUAACUAUGCGUUUCUUACAUUUCUGCAUGGACCGCGAAGCUGUAUCGGGCAAAGCUUCGCAAAGGGGGAGUUUGCAUGCCUACUUGCUGCAUGGGCUGGUACACUGGAGACUCGAUUUGCGAAUGCAGAUUACGUGAUGACAGUCAGGAACGGUUUGACUCCCCGACCGAAAGAUCUUGAGGUGAAGGUGCAAGUUUUGGGGGAGUGGUGA